CGGACGUGACGUCAGAUUCCGCAGCACAUAAACAUACCAGCAACCUCACGCGCCCGCCAUCUUCUAGCUAAUAAGCGGCCAAAUUAAAUUAUUGCGUAAAAGCCUCAGUGCUGUUUAUUUCGAUAUAGAAUACAGUUGUAUUUGCGCCACUGAACAAUGAGCGACAUUGAGGAUGGACACUAUAAAGGACGGGGGUCACGCUCCCCAUCUAAAUCGGAUCGGGGGAGUCCAGCUCGGGUCAAGUCGGAGAGCAGGUCCGGCUCCCCGAGCCCAGCCCGGGCCGUCAAACGUUCGGGGUCCAGAUCCCGCUCCCGGUCAAGAUCUAGGUCUCAUUCUAGGCGGCACUCAAACAAGCGCUAUAGCCGCUCACGUUCUCGGUCAUAUUCCCAGCGGAGGAAGUCCCGCUCACGUUCCUACAGUCCAGAGUACCGCCGCAAGAAGAGCCAGAGCACUUCCCCGAUGUCGAACCGGCGCCGUCACACCGGCAGCAGGAGCAACGACUUCCCUAAAGAAGCUAACAGUCAUGGUGGAGAUGCUGAUGUAAGGGCGAACCCUGACCCCAGCACAUGUUUGGGGGUGUUUGGCUUGAGCCUGUACACUACAGAGCGGGACCUGAGGGAGGUGUUUUCUCGCCACGGUCCUCUGGCAGGGGUCAAUGUAGUGUACGACCAGCGCACCGGUCGCUCCCGUGGCUUUGCUUUUGUUUACUACGAAAGAAUUGAUGAUUCCAAAGAGGCAAUGGAGCGAGCCAAUGGCAUGGAGCUGGACGGGAGGCGCAUCAGAGUGGACUAUUCCAUUACUAAACGUGCUCAUACCCCCACACCAGGAAUCUACAUGGGCCGACCAACUCACAAUGGUGGAGGAGGAGGUAGCGGAGGUGGCGGCGGCGGCAGCAGCGGUGGUGGUGGCAGCAGCAGCGGUGGAGGAAGCAGCAGCCGGAGAGGGAGAGACAGAGACAGUCAUUAUGACCGUGGCUAUGAGCGCUACGACAGAUAUGACGAGUACGACUAUAGGUACAGCAGUCGGAGGCGCUCUCCGUCACCCUACUACAGUCGAUACAGGUCUCGCUCACGGUCUCGCUCCUACAGCCCACGGCGAUACUAACUUUCGUCUUUCAACGUUGAGCUUCCCUCCAAUAAUUGAUGGUGUGUGCGACUCAUCAAGGUGUUUCUGAGGGGAACAUUUUGAAUUGGCAUGUCUAUAUCAAUAGAACUCUAACGUUUGAGAUGGUUCUUGUUCAAAUGCAAUAGGGGUCUUAAUUUUUAGACGUUUUGAUGCAUCCAUGUUGAAUGUGAGCAAAGAACUCUUGCUUCAUUCUUAGACUUGCAUCCUUCUUUCCUUCAUUUUCUGCAGCAAUGCACCUUAUUUUUCCUGUUAAGUGAUCACUGUUAAUGUGGCCCUUGAUGGGGAAAGUAAAGGGUUUUUUUUGUAAAUACUGGUGACCGUUAAUUGUACAACUUGUUUUAAGUAAAUUGAUCAAUCCACUCUGUAUGUUAAGAUCACAGAUUGGUCUCAAUGUUACUGAGCACUAACUGGCUUACUGGUAAGUAGCAGGUAAUUCAGGCUUAAAAAAGGAGUGCCAUUAGUAGUUGGUUCGUUGCUCGCAUUCAUCAUUUUUUUUUUUGUCAAGGAAGUCAUUUGAGUUUCUCUAGUUUUAUUAUCAUGUACUACUUUUUUUGUAUUGUUGUUUCUUUGUAUGGAAAUACAAAUAUAUAAAAACUCCAAAGUUUAA